AUGAGUAGAAAAGAUCCUACUUGGAAGUAUAGUGUUGAAAUAGAAGUGCCGGAAAAAAGUAAGGAUAUUAAGGGAGGGGUGAAGAUAGUGAAAGAACAUCUUGCUUGCACACACAAAGAUGUAAAACCAUGUCCUAAAGUACCUAAAGAAGUCAAUGAUAAGAUAAGUCAAUAUUUGAAAGACUAUGAAAAUACAAAAUUUAUUUCUCAACGAAAGUUUGAUGAGGCGGUGGAUUGUGGAUCCUGCUUUGGUGAUGGACCUAGUGGUUGUGGUAGUGGAACUCCUUUGGAGGGAGUGAAUUCUUGUCCUAGCGGUAGCUCUAGAGGUGUUGAAGGACCUAUGGAUCGAUUUAUGGAGAAUAAAGGAGAUGAUGAAAAUGAAAAAAAGACCACUUCCAUAAAAAUGACUCCAAUGAGUGCUAAAGAGCAUCGAAAUCAAGUUUGUUUAGAUAUUGGGAGAUUCUUUUUUGAGAAUGGGAUCUCAUUUAAUUGUGCAAGAAGCCCAUCAUAUUUCAAUAUGUUGUGUUCGGUUGGGAAUUAUGGUCGAGGAUUGAAAGCUCCUACAAUGCAUGAAAUAAGGACUUGGAUAGUAAAAGAAGAAGAGAAGACAACAUCCGAAAUUGUGAAUGAGAUCAAAGCAACAUGGAAACAAACAUGGGUUUCAUUAUUAUCAGAUGGUUGGUCAGAUAUGAGAAAUAGGAGUCUGAUCAAUUUUCUAGUUAACAAUCCCUAUGGGACUGUUUUUUUGAAAACUAUUGGUGCAUCAGAUUGUGUAAAAGAUGCACAAAAAUUGUUCGAAUUACUUGAUGGUGUUGUUGAAGAAAUUGGAGAAGAUAUUGUCAUUCAGGCGAUCACUGAUAAUGCAAGUGCAUACAAGGCAACUGGAAGAUUAUUAAUGGAGAAGAGAAAAAGUUUUGUAUUGGACUUCGUGUGCUGCUCAUUGUAUUGA